ACCACAAUAUAGUUUCAUAACCCCUUUUUCUUCUCCUCUCAAUCUAGGGUUUUAGGGUUCGUCUGGUCCCUUCAGACCAGUUUCAAUCAAUCCCUUUCGUUUUAAUCAAAUCGAUCCCACGGUUUUAGGGUUUGAAGGAAUUGUUGGGAAUGUCGACGGAGAGAAAAAGGAAAGUAAGUUUAUUUGAUGUAGUUGAUGAAACAUCGGUAUCUGCUGCUGCUAAACUUGUUAAGAUGAAUGGAUUCGGAGGGGGUUUAAUUCAUAAUAAUCCACUUGUGAAUCGAUGGAAUGGAAGACCGUAUUCGCAGAGAUAUAUGGAUAUUUUGGAGAAAAGAAAAACACUUCCUGUUUGGCAGCAGAAAGAUGAGUUUUUGCAGGUUUUGAAGAAUAAUCAGACUUUGAUUUUGGUCGGUGAAACUGGUAGUGGUAAAACUACUCAGAUUCCCCAGUUUGUGAUUGAUGCCGUCGAGUUAGAAAAUCCAGGAAAGCGAAAGAAAAUGAUGGUUGCUUGCACCCAACCACGUAGGGUUGCUGCUAUGUCUGUUUCUCGACGUGUUGCUGAGGAGAUGGAUGUGACAAUUGGAGAAGAAGUUGGUUAUAGCAUCCGUUUCGAAGACUGUAGUAGUGCAAAAACUGUUCUCAAGUACUUAACAGAUGGUAUGCUCUUAAGAGAAGCUAUGACUGAUCCUCUCUUGGAAAACUAUAAAGUGAUAAUUCUGGACGAGGCUCACGAAAGAACUUUAGCAACAGAUGUGUUGUUUGGUCUUCUGAAAGAAGUCUUAAAAAAUAGACCAGAUCUUAAAUUGGUGGUUAUGAGUGCAACCCUGGAGGCUGAAAAGUUUCAGGCAUACUUCAGUGGUGCCCCUCUUAUGAAGGUUCCUGGAAGGCUUCAUCCAGUUGAGAUAUUCUACACUCAGGAUCCUGAGAGAGAUUACCUUGAAGCAGCAAUUCGUACAGUUGUGCAGAUACAUAUAUGUGAGGGUCCCGGUGACAUUCUUGUUUUUCUAACUGGAGAGGAAGAGAUAGAAGACGCAUGUCGGAAAAUAACUAAGGAAAUAGGAAACCAGGGUGAGCAAGUGGGUCCUGUGAAAGUAGUGCCACUGUAUUCUACUCUCCCUCCAGCGAUGCAGCAGAAGAUAUUUGAUGCUGCUCCACCUCCUUUGAAGGAGGGUGGUCCUGCUGGAAGGAAGAUUGUGGUGUCGACCAAUAUUGCUGAAACUUCUCUGACUAUAGAUGGUAUAGUUUAUGUUAUUGAUCCUGGGUUUGCGAAACAGAAAGUCUACAAUCCACGAGUGCGAGUGGAAUCCUUGUUGGUGUCACCAAUAUCAAGGGCAAGUGCUCACCAGAGAUCAGGUCGUGCAGGAAGAACACAACCUGGGAAGUGUUUCAGACUGUACACGGAGGGAAGUUUUAAUAAUGAUCUUCAGCCGCAAACAUACCCAGAAAUAUUGAGGUCAAAUCUUGCAAACACCGUUCUUACCCUGAAGAAACUUGGAAUUGACGAUCUGGUGCAUUUUGAUUUUAUGGAUCCACCUGCUCCUGAGACAUUGAUGCGUGCGUUGGAGGUGUUGAACUAUCUGGGUGCUUUGGAUGACGAAGGAAACCUUACUAAAUUGGGGGAGAUUAUGGCUGAUUUUCCGCUGGAUCCUCAAAUGUCGAAGAUGCUUGUUGUUAGUCCAAGCUUUAAUUGUUCCAACGAAAUUCUCUCAGUUUCAGCUAUGCUUUCAGUACCCAAUUGCUUUGUCCGGCCUAGGGAGGCUCAAAAAGCUGCAGAUGAAGCGAAAGCUCGGUUUGGCCACAUUGAUGGGGACCAUCUCACACUUUUGAACGUGUAUCACGCCUACAAGCAAAACAAUGAGGACCCUUCGUGGUGUUAUGAUAACUUUGUCAAUGCUAGGGCGCUGAAGUCUGCUGAUAAUGUGAGGCAACAAUUAAUGCGCAUCAUGACCAGAUUCAACCUCAAGCUAUGCAGCACAGAUUUCAACAGCCGUGACUACUACAUCAACAUCAGGAAGGCUAUGCUGUCCGGUUAUUUCAUGCAAGUAGCUCACCUUGAACGUACAGGACACUAUCUAACAGUGAAAGAUAAUCAGGUUGUCCAUCUGCAUCCAUCAAACUGUCUGGAUCACAAGCCGGAGUGGGUCAUUUACAAUGAGUACGUGUUGACUAGCAGGAAUUUCAUUCGUACCGUUACAGACGUUCGCGGAGAGUGGCUUGUUGAUAUAGCACCCCAUUAUUAUGAUCUGGAGAACUUUCCACAGUGUGAGGCGAAGCGCGUCCUAGAAAGGCUUUACCAGAAACGAGAGAAGGAUAAAGAAAACAGCAAGAACAAAAAGCAGUAGUCAACUGGAUUUUUGUUACAAUUGCACUGGUAUGUUGUGCCUGACACGGCCGCAACCAAACAUUUCUCUAGUAUGACGCCCCUCUUUAUAUGUAGAACCUGUUAAUGGGUUUAUUUGUAAUGCUUUAGUAAAACGUGGAAACUCUAUAUCACCCUUGGAUAUGUUUUGGUCUCUUAAUUUUUCCCCUGUUUUACUUGCCAAAGUAACUCUAUAUGUUUGUUUAAAAACCAAAUACAUAUCAAUUUCUGCUAGUUAAAGUAACAAUAUGUUUGAUGGAAAGCCAAAUGCAUCUCAAUUUUUUGCUA